CUUUGUGUGCCAGGUUGCUUUAUUCCAAUAUUUCAUCAGAGCUAUUAUCUGCUGAUUAGUUGCACUUGCCUUGUGAAAUAAGAUACUGCAGUUUGAUCUCAUAUCUCCAUUCCUGAUGCUCCUUUCUGGUACAUGUUUGAAGUUACUUGGUUAUUCCAUUUCUUCCCAAGGUUAAGCUAGGAACCAAUUUUCAAUAGUUUUUCUGUUCCUGAAUGACGAACGUUUCCUAUGAGGGGUGUGCAGCUGGUUACAGUGCGAAUUUGUUGUUCUUUAAGAUAACGGAGUUUCAAGCCUGGAAAAUUUGAGGUCGAAUUUUAGGUCUGAAUAAAUGCAAGCUACUGAAAAUCUUCAUAUCAUUACCCUCUGGAUUGCUGCCUGGGGAAUAUAACACCAGUGUGGGGGAAAAACAAUGUUAACUUUCCUUGAUCCUGUGUAGAAUUGAAUACUGUUGAUAAUUCCAUCUUCAGAGAUGGAAUGUAUCAUGCCCACUGAAAUGUGUUGUUGGUUAAAAUAAACUAGAGGGGAAUAAACCCACUGAUUAAUUACAGUGGUUAAGUUUUGAGAGGAUGUUUAUAUUUUUCAGCUUGCUGGAGAUAGGAUCCAGCUACUGUGGCCUUGUGCCUGUGAAAUGGCACAGAGAGCAAGCAGCAGGCAUUUCACUACCUCUUCUACAAUGCCAGUGGAUUGUGUGUAUAUAUUCCCUCUAAUCUGCUUUCUUUUGUCAUAACAGAUUUUUAGAAUUGCAUGUAUUUCUUCAAAAUUGUUAUGAAGAAGCCCGUCUGUUUGGAUGCUUCCAAAUUAAUCUACCGUGUUUGUAAUUAAACAGAGAAAGAAUGUGUUCAGGUUUCAGUGGCGCUUCAGACGGAUGUGAUUUAACUAAACUAAUGAAGGCACAUCAGACAAGACAAAUUCCAGACUGUUUGUGCCUUGACCAACCAUCUGUGCACAUACCUCCAGGUACUGCUCAUGUCUCAAGAGGCUUUUCUACAUGAACAGUUAUUACCACUCCUCUUUGAAUUGGAGUGGCAAGCCAUGGCAGGAGUCUCUUGAAAGCAGCUGUAUUUACCACUCUCCUUUUCAGUGAAAAUAAAAUUGUGUUGUGUAUGUUUUAAUUAAUCCUGAAUUUCAACGUGUGCUGUACAAAAUGCAGCAGGCAAAUGGGGCAGUGUGUGAGUUCUUGCAUCUCUUGCACAUAAAUUCCAGCAUCAGCAGGAAUGUGCAGAAGGAGCACUCCUCAUUCAGAGCCUUCCUAGUGGGCUGUAAACCCAUAUUAAAUUCUUAGUGUCUGAGAAUGUGUGUACAAAUAAAACUAUGUAUACUUACUCUCCUUGUAUAUACUACCAUUUUUUUCCUAGUUAUUUUUCUUUCUUAUUCAAAAGAUUAUUCAAAACUACUCUGGAAAAACGCCCAUUUCUUCUAUAUAAUAAUCAGCAGUAACAUGAUUUGACAUGCCAGACUUUGAUAGAGUUCUUCAAUUGCACAUGUAAUGGCCUGAAAAAUAACAAAUAAUUUCAGGACUAUUUCUCUUUAUGGAAGAAGAAUAAGAUAUGCUGUAGCUAAUGGCCUUGUGAAUACUAAAUUUUAUUUUUUUUUUUUAAUUCUCAUUGUAUUUUAUUGUAUAACUUUUUCAAAGUGAGUUUUUGUCUAGAAAUAUUUUGAGUCUUCCCUGUUUUCAGGGCCUGAUGUGUUUGACCUCUCAGUGUGUCAUGUGAGACUCCCUUUGACAUGAACCUGUGAUUCCAUACAUAUUUUUUAACACCGUGGCAAAGUCCUUUUAAGCAAUUCCUCCUUCCUGUUGUCCUGUUUAUAACAGCACAAACGUUUGAGGGUUGGUGCAGUGGAUGGGGAGCUCUCCUGUGUUCACAUGAGCUGUGCAGGCAAUACUGGAGGUUUUGGGCUGGCCAUGCUGUUAGGAUGUGGUUUGGAGGAUGCAGAUCAGAUAUCACCAAUCCUUUCCUUUUUGGGUCAGAGAACUGCCAAUUUCUGAACAUCCUCACUCUAGAACCUGGUCUGCCAGAGAAAAUGACUGACUGGGGAGAGAAACAGUUGCCUUGUGACUGCUGGUCAGCAGGGCAGUUAUCAGACUUUGGCUUUUGAUAACAGCAGAGCUGGCUUUGCCCAUGGUUGUAAAUACUAAGGAAGCUCCUGCUGGGUUGGAUUAUUUCUCUGGCCAGUGCAGCAGCCUCUGUGCAAGAGGAGCUCACACAGCCCAUUCAGCAUGGUUGAAGAGGAGUUCCUGUAGUACAUGUAUUAAAAUAGUGGUAGAAAGGAGUCUGUUAGACUGUGUAACCCUGUGCAUGUACCAUCUGUGUGUGAACUUCAUCACGGGGAAGUGGUAAGGGGUUUUUUUUAGGCUGGAAAGAGCAAGUUCUUCCAUUUUAAGUUUAUACUGUGUGUGUUUCAAGUAUUUUUUAAAUCAAGGCUAGGAUUGAAGGUGGGGUAGCUUCUUAUUCUUUUUGCAGUCUAUUCUAUUCAGGCAGGAUACCCCUACCUAUGCACCGCAGGAAUAAAACGUGUGUUUAGCAGUGAAUUUCAGUUGUAUAUUAAAUAAACCUGGCUACGUGGCACUACUUAGUAUUGAAAGCUCUCUGUCCUUGUUGUAGUACAACUUCUGUAAUCCCAGAUGAUUGUGAUAAAAAAGCAGAACACUUUGUUCAGGAGCUUUUAACGGUCUGCUGCAGGGAAAUAAAAAUCAGGUCUUUGUAAAGAGCAGUCACAGGACUCAAUAUUCACAGCUCCUCUUGCUUCUGCCAGGUUCUCUGCAUUUGUCUGCCAUAGCUGGAAGAGGUUCUUUGGCUUUUACAAAGACAGAAGGAAGUCCGUUGAGGAGAAUUCUCCAUGAAUGUACGUCACAAUGAUGAUGACCGACCAAAUCCCGCUGGAGCUGCCGCCGUUGCUGAACGGGGAGGUGGCCAUGAUGCCUCACAUCGUCAAUGGCGAUGGAUCACAGCAGGUCUUUUUGGUUCAAGUUAAUCCAGGUGAAACCUUUACAAUAAGGGCUGAGGAUGGAACCCUCCAGUGCAUCCAAGGACCAGCAGAGGUUCCCAUGAUGUCACCCAAUGGAUCCAUUCCCCCUAUUCAUGUGCCUCCUGGCUAUAUCUCACAGGUGAUAGAAGACAGCACGGGCGUCCGGAGGGUGGUGGUGACGCCGCAGUCCCCGGAGUGUUUCCCUCCCAGCUACCCCUCGGCCAUCUCGCCAACCCAUCACCUGCCCCCCUACCUGGCACACCAUCCCCACUUCAUCCACAACUCCCACACAGCGUUUUACCCUCCUGUCACUGGACCUGGGGACAUGCCACCACAGUUUUUCCCGCAGCAUCAUCUUCCCCCAACAAUAUAUGGAGAACAAGAAAUCAUACCACUAUACGGCAUGUCCAGCUACAUCACCAGGGAGGAUCAGUACAGCAAACCACAGCACAAAAAGCUCAAAGACAGGCAGAUUGACCGCCAGAACCGCCUGAACAGCCCUCCCUCCUCCAUCUACAAGAGCCACCUGGGCAGCUGCACCACGGUGUACAAUGGCUAUGCCAAGAGCCACAACGGGGCGAGCAGCGGCGGAGGAGGAGCCCCAGCCCUGAAGAAACCCGAGCGCAGAGCGAGGAGCAGCCCCAAGUCAAAUGAACAAGACCCACACGAAUUUGAUUCAGAAACAAAAAGGGUUCAAGACAUUCUUUCUGGAAUGGAGAAACCACAGGUGACAAAUAUUCAAGCAAGAACAGUUUUGCUUUCCUGGUCACCUCCCCCUGGCCUUCUCAAUGCAGAUAGACACAACAACGGUUUGCCUUACACCUGUACCUACGAGGUUGCCUUAUCAGAUAAAGGGAGGGAUGGAAAAUACAAGACCAUUUACAGUGGAGAAGAAUUAGAAUAUCACCUGAAGGACCUUAGGCCAGCAACAGAUUAUCAUGUCAGGGUAUAUGCAAUGUACAACUCAGUGAAGGGAUCCUGCUCUGAGCCAGUAAGCUUCACCACUCACAGCUCAGCACCAGAGUGUCCCUUCCCACCAAAACCCUCGCACAGGACCAAAAGCUCCUUAACCUUACAGUGGAAGGCACCCAUUGAUAAUGGUUCAAAAAUCACCAGCUACCUUCUGGAGUGGGAUGAGGGAAAGAGGAACAGUGGUUUCAGAGAAUGUUACUUUGGGAGCCAGAAGCAUUGCAAGCUGACCAAGCUGUGCCCAGCUCUGGGUUACACCUUCCGGCUGGCAGCCCAGAACGACAUCGGUACGAGUGGGUACAGCCAGGAGGUGAUUUGCUACACUGCAGGCAAUAUUCCUCAGACCCCUUCUGCACCACGGCUCAUUCGAGCUGGAGUGACGUGGAUCUCAUUGCAGUGGAAUAAAGUAGAAGGAUGCACACCAGAGGAAGUGAUUUCCUACACCCUGGAAAUUCAGGAAGAAGAUAAUGAUAGCGUGUUUCACCCAAAGUACACUGGAGAGGAGCAAGCCUGUACUGUGAAGAAUCUCAGAAGAAGCACACAGUAUAAAUUCAGGCUGUUUGCUUCCAACGUGGAAGGGAAGAGUUCUCCCAGUGAAGUGUUGGUCUGCACAACCAGCCCAGACAGGCCAGGACCUCCAACCAGACCCGUGAUCAAGGGGCCAAUAACAUCUCAUGGCUUUAGUGUGAAGUGGGAUCCUCCACAGGAUAAUGGUGGUUCAGAAAUCCUAAAGUAUCUGCUGGAGAUUUCUCAAGGAAGUCCAGAAGCAAAUCAGUGGGAAGUGGCCUAUAGUGGCUCAGCUACAGAAUACACCUGUACUCACUUGAAACCAGGCACUUUGUACAAACUCCGGGCGUGCUGUAUCAGCACUGGUGGACACAGUCAGUGCUCUGAGAGUUUACCUGUCCGCACGCUGAGCGUGGCGCCGGGUCCGUGCCGCCCGCCCCGGCUCCUGGGCAAGCCGAGGCACAGGGAGGUGCAGCUGCAGUGGGAUGUCCCUCAGUCAGAGAGCGGCUGCCCUGUCUCUGAGUACAGUGUGGAGAUGACAGCCCCUGAAGAAGUGGUUUCUGAGGUGUACCAUGGGCCUGAGCUGGAGUGCACCGUGAGCAGCCUCCUGCCCGGGGCCACCUACAGCUUCCGUGUGCGCGCCCUGAACGACGGCGGGUACGGGCCAUAUUCGGAGGCCACAGAGGUGACCACAGCAGCAGGACCCCCAGGCCAGUGCAGAGCACCUUCCCUGUCCUUCCUGUCUGACACACGGGUCCUGGUCAGCUGGGAGAGUCCUGAAUGUUCUGGUACUGACAUCUCUGAAUACAGAUUAGAGUGGGGAGAAGAGGAGGAAUCUCUACAGCUUGCAUAUAGUGGCACAGAAACCUGCUUUGAAGUCGGUGACUUGUUGGCAGCAGCGCAUUACUGCUGCAGGCUACAGGCCAUUAACCAGGCUGGAGCUGGACCCUACAGCGAGCUGGUGACCUGCAGAAUCCCUGCCUCCGUGCCUGAUGCCGUCUCCACCCUGUGCGUGCUGGAGGACGAGCACGUGGGUGCCUGCCAGCCCUCACCCUCUGUGUGCCUUGUUCUGAGCUGGGAAGAGCCAAGCAAUAAUGGGGCUGAGAUCACAUCCUACAACAUCGACCUGGGGGAGCUCAGCAUCCCCGUGGGGAACGUGACGAGUCACGUCAUCGAGGGUUUGCUGCCCGAGACCUCGUACCGGAUCAGGAUCCAGGCUGUCAAUGAAAUUGGAGCUGGACCUUUUAGCCACUUUAUUAAAGCAAAAACCAGGCCAUUACCACCCUUACCUCCACGGCUGGAGUGUGCUGCAGCAGGGCCCCAGAGCCUGAAGCUGAAGUGGGGAGACAGCAGCUCCAAGCUUCACUCUGCUGAUGACAUGGUCUAUAUCCUGCAGAUAGAGGACAGAAAUAAAAGGUUCAUCCCAAUUUAUAGGGGACCAAGUCACACGUACAAGAUACAGAGGCUGACAGAAUCCACCUGUUACUCCUUCAGAAUACAGGCAGUCAAUGAUGCUGGGGAGGGACCUUUCUCAGAAAUCUCUACCUUCUGCACAACUAAGUCAGUCCCACCUGCAAUCAAAGCCCCUCGAGUGACACAGCUGGGAGGAAACUCCUGUGAAGUUACCUGGGAAAUGGUCCCACCCAUGAAGGGAGAUCCUGUUGGUUAUGUUCUGCAGGUACUGGUUGGAAGAGAAUCUGAAUACAAGCAGGUGUACAAGGGAGAAGAAACCACAUUCCACAUCUCAGGCCUUCAGGUGAACACAGACUAUCGUUUCCGCGUGUGCGCGUGCCGCCGGUGCGGGGACACGUGCCAGGAGCUCAGCGGCCCCUUCAGCCCCUCGGCGGCGUUCGCGCUGCGGCGCGGGGCCCUGGCGCUGCCGGAGCCCGGCGCUGCCAACGACGCCAAGGCCAAGCCCAUGGUGCCCACGGAUGAACAGUUCGCUGCCCUCAUCGUGCUCGGCUUCGCCAGCCUCUCCAUCGUCUUCGCCUGCAUACUGCAGUACUUCUUCAUGAAGUAGGCGGUUCAAGCUCCAGAUACAGGUUUAACUAAUGCUACGCAUUAUAAUCCACACAUUUAUUCAGAUAUUCCUCCUCCUUCUUCCCCCACCCUCCCACCUCCCUUUUUU